AAAAUUUUCUCUGUGAAACGCUUACAAAUCUUAAUUACUACCAUGUUUGGAUUUGAUCACUAUAAAGAGCUUUUACAGAUACACACUUGCUUGGUGUGCAUCAUCAAAAUCGAAGUCAAUGGCAUCAACAGGAUCAUCACCUUCACAAAUUCAGAAAAGUGAAGAAGAAUGGAGAGCCAUUCUUUCACCUGAGCAGUUUCGCAUCCUCCGCCAGAAAGGAACUGAAUUGAAGGGUACUGGAGAGUAUAAUAAGUUUUAUGAAGAAGGGAUUUACAAUUGUGCUGGAUGUGGAACUCCACUCUACAAGUCUUCCACCAAAUUUGAUUCUGGCUGUGGUUGGCCUGCUUUCUUUGAGGGUUUUCCUGGAGCUAUCAAUCGCUUCCCUGACCCAGAUGGGAGGAGGACUGAGAUAACUUGUGCAGCAUGUGGUGGACACUUGGGUCAUGUAUUCAAAGGAGAAGGGUUCAAGGUUCCAACUGAUGAACGACAUUGUGUCAAUAGUGUUUCUGUCAAAUUUAUUCCGGGAAAUGCUACUCCUUCCAUAUGAAACAUUACUUUAUAGCAGUGAUAAUAAAUUAGAGGUGUUUAGUGAAAUAAUUUCUUGCUUGUAAGUCUUGUUUGGUGGUUCCAAAACAGUUAUGGUUAUAAGCUUGAACAAUUGAGCACAGUUUAACCUGAAAUUAAUAAAUUGGUAGCCUUUAAUUUCUGUUCAA